AUGGGCGACAUCGCCAAGUGGGUUGCAGAGCUUGCUGGAUUUCAACUCAACUUCCAGCCCUGCCACGCCAUCAAGAAUCAAGUCCUUGCUGACUUCGUUGCAGAGUGGACUCCUACACCAAGCGUUCUUGGGGGUCCGGACCACGGUUCAGACCCCCCACAUCCAGAAGUUAGGGCUCCGGUGUUCACCGGACCCCACUGGACGCUCUUCUUCGACGGGUCCGCAUGCAACAAGAAGACCAGAGCUGGCGUGGUCCUCAUUGACCCAAAUGGCGAACAAGUGAAAUACAUGGUGCUUCUCGACUUUGAGGCCACCAACAACAUGGCGGAGUACGAGGCCCGGAUCUUCGGACUGACUGCGGCACUAUCCCUGGGGGUCCGGCAGCUCCUAGUCAAGGGAGACUCCCAGCUGGUCAUCAAGCAGUUUGGAGUCCCAAACCGAAUCAUCACCGACAAUGGGACCCAGUUCAAGAGCCGACACUUUCAAGAAUACUGUGAGGACAUCGGCAUCCAGCUCUGCUUCGCUUCUAUGGCACACCCCAGAAGCAAUGGCCAAGUAGAGCGGGCUAAUGCUGAGAUACUCAGGGGGCUCAAGAUUCACACCUACAACGAUCUCGAAAAGCAUGGUGCGAAAUGGGUCGACUAG